AUGUGGGGGUCAGCAGAAUCAGAAACAGAGGAGAAGAGUGUGUACCGAAGCUGCCUUCACACCGCACCGACUGUCGCCCGACCGCUGCCACGUAACGUCACGCUGCCCGACGGAGAGGCGUGGAGGACUCUGCCGGACUUAGCCAUCGUCGUCUGCUGCGAGUUCUACUCGCCAUUACCAAGAUCGUCGAGCAAGUCAGCAGCCGAGGCGCAGCACGAGAACCUGGAGGAGGGCGUCAAGGUGUGCUGCAGCGACGAACGGGGUCAAGGCAGCGAGGACUUAUCUGCGCAGCCCCACAACAGUGACGCCGUAAUAGAAGCCAUGGUCGGUACGGAAGUCAACCUGGUGGGGCACGUGGGGGCAGAGUACCCGCGACCCAUCACCAAUGGCCUAGUGUCCCAUGAGGCUGGGUGA